GCAUGGUUCCGUUCGGUCGAUCACUGAGCAUGCAGAAUGAAGCACACUGGGCUCUUAUGAUAAGCUUCUGCAGCGGCGUGACGAUAGGGUAACCCAUUCAUCGCUUCGCCCUAUAUAUAUGUACCAUGGAAGACUUCAUCGAUCAUCUACGUACCGCUACGGUUAGCUUGUACUAUUCGCGAACAUGCUCAGCGUCGCUUUGGUCAUCGCCCUCGGCGGGGCUGCUAUCGCCACUCCUCUGACUACCCCAGUCGGGCCUUUGGAUCUCUUCAAGCGAGUCAGUUCCGGAUGUUCCGCCAGCAGUUCCGUCUCUUGUUCAAGUUCAGCAGCAGGUUCGUGUUGCUUUGAAGCCCCCGGCGGUCUCUUGCUUCAAACCCAGUUCUGGGACACAAACCCCUCGACUGGGCCUACCAAUAGUUGGACAAUUCAUGGUUUAUGGCCUGACAAUUGUGAUGGCACUUUCGAGCAGAAUUGCGACUCUUCCCGAGCCUAUACCGGCAUUGCCAAUUUGCUCACUUCUCAAGGCGCGAGUGACACAUUGUCGUUCAUGCAAACGCAUUGGGUCGAUAUCAAUGGACAGAAUGAGCAGUUCUGGGAGCACGAAUGGAGUACGCACGGCACUUGCUACAGCACGUUGGAGGUGUCUUGUGUGCCAAGUGGUAGCCCUCGAGGUGCAGAGGCAGUUGCCUUCUUCAACACCGUUGUGAAGCUGUUCAAGACCCUGCCCACGUAUGACUGGCUUGCUCAAGCCGGCAUUACGCCGUCGACUAGCAAGACGUUUACCCUUGCUGAAAUCACGUCGGCUCUCAAAAGUGCAUCCGGUUUCACCCCUGCUUUAGAUUGCAGCGGGGGUGCUAUCAACCAGAUCAGUUGGUACUUCCAUGUGAAGGGUUCCGUUAUUGAUGGUACAUUUGUGCCUAUUGAUGCUCCAAAGAAGGGGUCGUGUGCAUCGACCGGUCUUAAGUACCCUCCUAAGUCCGGCUCCCCUACUAGUACUACUACUAGUGGUGGUUCCACGCCUACAGGCGGUUCUCUUCCCUCCAAAGCACAGCUUGUGGCGAGCACCACUGGGGGUCUCCUAACCGCGGGUACUUGGUCUGUUCAGACUCUGGCAACUUACACUUUAUCGGGGUCUGCGUCCAGCUUUACUAUGUCAACUUCUAAAGGAAACUGUGGCGUUUCUAGUGGUCAGUUAACUUGCGGCAGCGGUGUCACUGCUUCUACUUUCUCAGCCGUAUCCUCUGGCGGAAAGCUACUCUUGGUAUUUUCAGGCUCUACUGCAUUUACAAGUGACGGGACACCAAGUGGCACAGACCAGGAAACGGUAUUCACCGGUAGCAGUCAUGCUGCGGACUACACGCUCUCUAUCGUUGCAAGCUGAGCGCUGAACAUUUGGAAAACAUCACGGACAGCUGUCAUAUGAUACCCAGAGGGACAUUGCAGGAAAACUGUAGGGAUACUGUUGCAAUGAGUUAUAAUCACGUAUCUAUGGGACUCAUAUGCAAGAAAUUGAUUGAGGUAUAUACGUACGAAAUGCUAGCGAGGGAGCGCUAUCCUUCUUAACAUGCCUCCACCAUCCG